AUGUCGUUCCCCUUUACUACCACCGAGCAGAUACUGCCCGGUGCCUACAUUCGCGAAUUCCCUCACGCUCUGAGCACCUCCCAGGAGUCGACCCUUCGUCUGGCCGUCAAGAUCUACACACCAAAAGACAACACCUCUCCGCAGCCUGGUGAUGUGACCCUAAUCGCAGCCCACGCCAACGGCUUUCCCAAGGAGCUCUAUGAGGCCAUGUGGGCCGAUCUUCAUGCAGAGGCGGCCAAGGCCAACCCCCCCUUCCGUAUCCGCCAGAUCAUCGCCGUGGACGCCGCCUGGCAGAACGCCUCGGCGCCUCUGAACGAGCACCUGCUCGGCAACGACCCGGGCUGGCUGGACUAUCCCCGCGACAUGCUGCACAUAGUCAACACGCUGCGUCCUCCGCAGCCUCUCGUCGGCGUCGGCCACUCCUUUGGCGGCAACGCCAUUGCCAACCUGGCCCUGCUGCACCCGCGCCUGCUCUCGACCGUCAUCCUCCUCGACCCCGUCAUCUCGCGCUGGUCCUCCAACGCCACAAGCGACGUCUCCCGCUCGCCGGCCGCCAUGUCCAUCGGCCGGCGCGACCUCUGGCCCUCGCGCGACGCCGCCCGCGCCGCCUUCGCCAAGUCCCCCUUCUACCGCGCCUGGGACCCGCGCGUGCUCGAGGCCUGGCUUGCCCACGGCCUACGCGACACGCCGACGCCGCUCUACCCCGAGCCCGGCCACGUCACCCUCGCGACGACCCGCCACCAGGAGGUCUUCACCUACUUCCGCCCGAGCUGGGACGCCUACGCCGCCGACGGCACGACGCUCGUGCGCCCCGACCUCGUCCCCGACCUCGACCCGGCCCUCAACAAGGGCUUCGUCACCUACCCCGUCUACCGCGCCGAGGGCGCCAACACGCUCGUGCGCCUGCCCAACCUGCGGCCCGGCUGCCUCUACCUCUUCGGCGGCACGAGCGACCUCUCGCUGCCUGAGCUGCGCGACGAGAAGAUGCGCCUCACCGGCACCGGCGGCGGCGGCAGCGGCGGCGCCCGCGACGGCCGCGUGGAGGCCGUCACCCUGCCCGACAACGGACACCUCGUGCCCAUGGAGGUGCCCGGCGUGUGCGCCGCCCACGCCGCGGGUUGGAUCGGUCGCGAGAUGGUGCGCUGGCGCCGGGAGCAGGCCGACUACGAGGCCUGGACGAGGAAGACCGUCGAGGAGAAGACACAGCUGUCGGACGAGUGGAAGAAGCGCCUCGUGCGCCCGCCCAAGCCGGGCAAGACCAAGACGGAGGCCAAGAUCUGA